AUGGCGCCACGCAAACGCGUACGAGAUAUUCACGAUGUCGACGGCGAGUCUGACGUCGAAAUCGAGAGUGCGAGUUCCAGCUUCCGCAUGAACAGCAACCAUACCAAGCGAACACGAAUUGCAAUCGCCCAGGCCAGCCGCGGUUCUGUAGUGUCAGACGAAGAAGACUUUCUCAAUAGCGAUACGAACGACAUCAAUAUCGAUGAUGAGUCUGACGUCGAGACUGCGAACAAUCCGGACAUCGACUACAGCCUAAGGCAAGACUCCAGCGACGAUGACUGCGAAGACGACGGCUUCGAUGAGCUCAAGGCGACGCAAAUUGUGCAUAGGCAGUUCAAGGAGCAUCGUGAGAACAUAGCCGCCGAUCAUGGUGUGGUCGAGGAAAUCUACUGCACCAACUUCAUGUGUCACGCCAAGCUGCGCAUCACACUAGGUCCUCUGAUCAACUUCAUCAUCGGGCACAACGGAAGCGGCAAGAGCGCCGUACUCACAGCACUGCAGAUAUGUCUGGGCACAAAGGCAUCGGAGACCUCGCGCGGCAGAGGCCUUAAGGCGUUGAUCAAGGAAGGCACCGACAAAGCUACCGUUGGCGUCACGAUCAAGAACGAAGGCGAAAGUGCCUACAAGCCUGAGCUGUACGGUCGCAGCAUUACCGUAGAGCGACAUUUCACCCACAACUCCAGUGGCUUCAAGCUGAAAAGCGCUGCUGGAACCACCAUCUCCACCAAGAAAUCCGAUCUCGACGACAUGCUGGACUAUUUCAGUCUCCAAAUGGAUAACCCGAUCAACGUUUUGACGCAGGACAAGGCCCGCGCUUUCUUGUCGAACAGCACGCCGACCGAGAAAUACAAGUUCUUCAUGAAAGGCACUCAGCUAGAAAUUCUCAACGGCGAUUAUAAGCUCAUAGAGGAAAACUUGGACAAUACGAGUGCGAAGAUGCGACAGAAAGAAGAAGACAUUCAAGUGCUCAAGCGACAGUAUGAGGAGGCUGACCGUAGGAAGAAGCGUUCCGACAAUACUCGCAAGAUGUACGCCAGAAUCAAGGAGACUCAACGUGAAUGGGCGUGGUCUCAAAUCGAAGUCGAAGAGCAAGAAUUGCAGCGGCGGGAGCAAGACGUCGCCAAAGGCAGAGACGACCUCACUGAGGCCGAGCAAGCUGCAGAGGAAGCUACGGCUGCCCUCGAAGCGCAAGAAUCCGCAGUCGACGGACAGAAACGAGCCAUUGAAGAGCACCAACGGUCACUGCGGCCGUUGCAAGAGGCGUACAACGCUGCCAAGGAGAAAUGGGACAAUAACCGCAAAGCUUUGGUAGACAACAAGGCAGAAGAACGCAGAAUCCAAGACGACUUCAAAAGAGCGAAACGAAACAUUGCACAAGUCAGUCAAGAGAUUGAGACCGAGCGACAGCGCUUGGCGGGCGAGCAUGGAGAGGCACAUGCGCAGCGUCUUAUUGACUUGGACCGGCUCAAAAAGUUGGCUGUUGACGCGAAGCAAGCACACCAAGACCACGAAGAAGGUCUUCCCGCGCUCGAAGCAGCCGUGGUGGCUGCCAAGCAACGGUGGACCGAAGCCAAAGAUCCCGUUGAAGGCGCUCGCACCGAGCACGAGCGUGUCAAAAAAGACUUGGACACUCUCCAGCGCGAUCAGGGUCAGAAAUGGGGAGCCUACCCACGGAAUUCAGACAAGCUGUGCCAUGCCAUUGAGAGGGAGACUCGCUGGCGCAAGAAACCCAUCGGACCAAUCGGCAUGCACAUUGCCAUCACAAAACCACUGUGGAGCCCAAUCGUGGAGAGAAUAUGCGGCAAAACGCUGAACGCAUUUGUUGUGACUUGCAAAUAUGAUCGCGACAUCCUCGAUCAGCUUGCCAAUCGAGUUGGUGCCUCAGAAAUGACCGUCUUCAUCACCACCGAUGUUCAUAUCAAUGUCGACGAACCAGAUCCUGCUGUCGACACCGUGAUGCGAAUCUUGAAUAUCGAAUCCGAGGCAAUUCGCAACACUCUCGUCAUCAACCACGCAAUUGAGCAGACCGUUCUGUUCGAGGACUUGGACAAGGGCAGAGACUUCAUGUUCGGCGAGGGUCAUCGCCCGCCAAACGUGCGCGCUACCAUCACAUUACACCCUCAUAACAAAUCCGCUGGUCAGCGUUGGGACUAUGAUCCUUAUGGCGGAGUGAAAGUUGGUCCCGUUGCUCCGUGGCAAGGUCGAGGGCGGAUGAUUGUUGACAAGCAAGAAGAGAUCAGGCUCGCCUCAGAGCGUGUGCAGGAAGCUGCACGUAAGCGCGGUCAGACGGAGCAGCAUGCUCAGCAUAUGCAAAAUGAGCACACCAAGGCUGGACAAGCAGUCGUAGCACACAAACGCGAAUCCAGACGGCUGAAGGAAGCAUAUCAGAGGGCUGACGACAAUGUCGAUGCUAAGCAAGCCGAGAUCGAUGCCAAUCAACCGAGAGACGGCAGGCUCCAAGAGCUGCAGCGCCAAGAGGAGGAGCACAAUCAGGAGAAGAAGGCUGCAGAAGAUUCGAUGCAAGAUGCGGCUGCACAAAAUGCCGAGUUGAAUGCUAAUGCGCGAGUCUUGAAGGAUGAGCUUGAAGCAGCUGACGAUGAAAAGUUCAAGGUGAAGGACUUGAUCGACAAAGCCGAGAAGAAACUGUCAGAUCUCGAUGACGCUCGGAAAGCAGCACUGGUGAGAAAGAACGAAACCUACGACAUUAUUGAUCUGCGCAAGCACGAACUAGCUGAACUGGAAGAGGCCGUGGAGCAGAAGAAGAAGCAGAUCGAGGAGUGGAUACCAGAGGCGGAGAAAGUCGCCCCUGAGCGAGUUCCGGUCAACAGCACUCCUGAUGCCCUCGAGAAGCUGUUCAAUACAUUGCAGGCCGACUACGAAAAGGAACAAGCCACACAAGGAGGGACGCGACAACAGAUUGCAGAGCUGUGGAAGAAGGCCGCAGAGGACUUCAGGCGCGCCAAGAAAGACCACAGAACCAUGCGGAACGUGAUCCAGCUACUGACCAAAACCUUGGCUGAGCGUCACCGCCGCUGGGGUCUUUUCCGCGGCCACAUUUCCAUGCGUACCCGCAUCAACUUCAACUACCUCCUCACCGAGCGAAACUUCCGUGGUCGUCUCAACUUCAAACACAGCGAGAAAACGUUGGAUCUCACCGUCGAGCCUGACAUGACCAAACAAUCCGAUACAGGACGUCAGACAAAGACCCUCAGCGGUGGCGAAAAAUCUUUCUCCACCAUCUGCUUGCUCCUGAGUAUUUGGGAAGCCAUGGGCUCGCCGAUCCGUUGUCUCGACGAAUUCGAUGUCUUCAUGGAUAGCGUCAACCGUUUGCAAUCCAUGAAAUUGAUGAUUCAGACCGCUCGGCGGUCGGUUGGAAGGCAAUUUAUUCUGAUUACUCCGCAGGCGAUGGGGAAUGUUGAGUUUCAUGAUGAUGUUACGAUUCACAAGAUGAAGGAUCCGGAACGAAAUCGAGAGCCUGGUCAGCAGGCUCUUGACUUUGGUGGUGCUUGAGUUGAUGAUCAUAUUUGCCUCGCGCUGGUCAAGCCUUUCUUGAACCCUCCUACGUGUAUAGUUCGAACGUCAUGAAUUUGUACAAUUCUCUCAUCCCUCGCG